UGUUUUCACAUAAGUUGAUCGCGUCACAGUCACUGAAGAGUCCUGCUGCUUAAAAUCAGAGCAUUGAUUCACUGGGACUCUGACACACGCAGCAGCAAAAAAAACAUUGCACACUGGAAAACUGUCAAGAAGAGACACAGUGAAAGAUCAUGACGACGCUGCUAGAUCUGAAGAGUAGUGUGCUGAGGCAAGUGCAGAGGAGCCAGUCGCUGAGGAGCCGGAGGGAGCCACCGCCCACCGCAAGCAGCCCCCUCACACACAGCCCUGACCCCUUACCUCGCAGGAUUUCUGAGGAGAGUGUGUCGUUCUUUGAGCGUACGAAUGCCAUCCUGCAGAAACAAGAGAACAUGCUGCGGGCUGCCCAGGCUGAGUGCCAAAGAGGAGCCUGCACAGUGCCGCCUCCCCAGGAGCAUGUGGACCAGGCCUUUGUUCCCGACAGGAUCAGCAGGGCAGAGCUGGACCUGCUUUAUGAGGAAGCUGUGUACACGGUGGUGAACCGGGUGGGAGUGCCUUCACCAGAACAAGUGAAAAGUGAUGAAGAGCUGUUUGCUUACCUCCUUAAGGUGUUUGAUAUGGGCGAGGAGGAACAGGACAUCAUCCUCCAAAAAGUCCAAGAAUCCAAGCGAGCCAGUUUCUCUUUGAGAGUUUCUGUGAUGAAAGCAAAGAACCUGAUGGCCAAGGAUGCAAACGGGUACAGCGACCCUUACUGCAUGCUGGGAAUUCUAGUGGGCCAGAGCCCACGGGAGCCAGAGGAGAAGAAGGAGAGAAAGUUCAGCUUCAGGAAGAGGAAGGAGAAGCUGGAGAAACGCUCCAGCACCAAGGAGGUGUUACCUGCCAGGUGUAUCCAGGUUACUGAGGUUAAACCAGAGACUCUUAAUCCUGUCUGGGAUGAGCACUUUGUCUUUGAAAUAGAUGAUGUCCACAAUGACCUGUUGCAUCUGGAUAUAUGGGAUCAUGAUGAUGAUGUGUCUGUUGCCGAGGCCUGCAAAAAACUCAAUGAAGUCAGUGGACUUCGGGGAAUGGGCAGGUAUUUUAAGCAGAUAGCAAAGUCAGUACGUUCCAAUGGAUCAUCAGCAUCAUCAGGCUCUGAGGAGAACGCCGAUGACUUCCUCGGAUGCAUCAACAUCCCGUUGAAUGAGAUCCCUGUUGCUGGCUAUGACACCUGGUUUAAGCUGGAGCCUCGAUCAAGUGCAUCUAAGGUUCAGGGAGAAUGUCACCUGAUACUGAAGCUCUUCACCACCCAGAGAGACACAGCUUUGUCUAAGAAAGACUCGAAUGUGUCCAUUCACAAAAAACUGCUGUGUCAAAUCGUGGAGUUUGAGCAUGCUCAUGUUAAGAGAGAGCCAUACAACUGGAACGGGCAGGUUAGUCCUCCAGCCUGGACUGUACUGACUCACCAUGCUGUGCAAACUGAUCUCUCACCUCUCCAACAGGCCAUUAUUCGCUGGCAGUGCUACAGCAGCCACCAUCGAACCCAGAGGGUGUGCUACUCCCUGCUGCUGCGCCUCCUGAGGACCAUCGAUGCAGAGUGGGACCCUCCCACUGUGAGAGGAGACCUGGAGAGGCAGUUGUCAGACAGCUUCAGGCUGUACACAGAGCACUGCCUGUGCCUGAUGAAGAACAUGCGUCAGAUUUUCCCCUGCACCAGCGCUGCUGCCAUUACACGCUACGAGCUCAUGCUGAGGGGGAUUGGCUACAUGCAAAACAUGCGGGCGUUUAAGAGUGUAUGUCCUCUUCGAAAUGAACUGCAUUUGGAUAUCACCACUGCUGUCAAGAAAGGAACAGCAGAGUGGUACGAGAGCUUAAUUGCACAAUAUAAACCAGAGGAUGGGACUCUGGAGGAUCAGCUGAAGAGGCUGGUUCUUGUGGUUGAUGAUGUGUGUGCAGACGUACAGAGAGCCCAGAACAUCUACAACCAACUCUUCUACAGUGCAGUGAAAGUAGAUUUCUUCAGCAUUGCAUACAGGCAGUUGGAGAAACUGGUAGCUGAUGAUGUAAAUGUAGCGAUGGAGCGAGUGUGUGGGACUCUGGAGCAGGAGAGCUCCAGACUGACUCAGAUCAUGGGAGAGACCAUCUUUGAGCUCUUCAUGUCCUUGAAAAUCCUCAAGGGCUUCCGGGAGUUUCUUCCUCUCAAGGAUGCUAAAAUGUUGGCCUUGACUGGCUUUCAUAACUGGUUCAAGUCCUCCAUUCAUAAGUGGCUGCAGAUUGUUCAUGACAGGUCAUGUGACAGGAUCCGCAAAGCAGUGGAAACCGACAAGAUCGAGCCUGUGCAGCAGGCCAAACACAGCUCCUCAGCAGUGGAAGUGACAACAUGCUUCAGCCAGGUGCGCGAGAUCUGGCUCCAGCUGGCCUGGCCAGACUCUGCGGGGGCCUUCAUCUUUGUCACUCGUUUGACAGACAAUUUCUGCAGUGAGGCUGUGUGCUACUCAGAGAUGAUAACACGCAAGAUUGAGAGGAACCAGCAGGGCCGAGACCACAAGAGCUUCACAGUGCAGCUCUGCAUUGCCCUGAACAACACAGAGCAUGUGCGCGUUUUCCUGGGUCACCUGCCUUGUGACCUGGACUGGCCGGGUGUCGAACGUGCCAUGGAGGAGUCCUGCGGGGUCGAAGGGAAGGACCAGGUUUACAAGGCUCUCAAUGGGCAGCUCUUCAACAUGGACCUGGACCUGCAGAGAGAAGCCAAGCGUCUCAUCACGCUGCUCACUGACAAGAUGCUGCCUGAGCUACGUCGGUACAUCCAGCACAUCAGUCUGUCCCCAGACUCCAUCAACAAUGACGAUGCUGUGGCACCACUUAUGAAGUACUUACAAGACACUAUGGUCAUCCUAACUGAAACCCUUGUGAAGGAGAAUCUCAGCAGAGUUCUCCAAAGCAUGUGGGAGCUGCUCCUGCGGAUGAUCCUGGACACAGUAACAGAAAACAGGGGUGUUCAGGUGGAGUUUUAUAACCGCUUCCAGUACACUGUGGAGACUCUGUUGCAAUUCUUCCACGCCAAAGGAGACGGUCUUUCCCUGGAAGACAUGAAGAGUGGAGACUACAAGGCCCUGGACGAGGAGCUCAGGCUGAACAAAUGUUCCUCCUUUGAGCUGAUUGAACAGUAUUAUCUGGAGAAGAUUUCCCAACAGAAAACACUCAAACAUACCCGUUAUGGCCGGAUCAGUGUGAAGUGCUAUUAUGAUGCUCCAGAGCAGAGACUGACAGUGGAGAUUCUGCAUGCUGCAGAUAUCAUCGCUUUGGAUGCUAAUGGUCUGAGUGACCCAUUUGUCAUAGUGGAGCUCUGUCCACACCACCUAUUCCCCAUGGCAAAGAGUCAACGCACACAAGUGAAACUUAAGACACUGCAUCCAGUGUUCGAUGAGCUCUUUUACUUCCAUGUGAGCCCUGAACAGUACAGACACCGAUUUGCUUGCUUGACCUUCACUGUGAUGGACUACGAUUGGCUUUCCACCAACGACUUCGCCGGUGAAGCCGUGGCUCCUCUUAGUGACUUCUGUUGGCCUGGCAGACCAAACGCCUCAGCAGCUGGAAAGAGCGUCCAGCCAGCCAUUCUCCACCUGUCUCGCAGUAAACCCAGUGAGAAGCCAAUCAUGAGGAUGCUGGACGCUCGCGUUGGAGACAGAGAGGCUCAGGAGUUUGUCCGCAGGCUGAAGGAGAUUGAGAAGUCAAUGGAGGAGGAGUAAAAGCUAUCAGCGCUGCCUGUAUUGGUGUUUCCUGACCACGUCUUACGAUAUGUGCUUUUGUACUGGUACGAUGUUUACAAUAUUUUAUUUUGAUUUUUACAAUAUUGGAUGUUAUUGUUUGUUCAGUAAUUAUACCAAAAUGAAAAAGAAAAGAAAAAAGAAAACAGUGAAGCAUAUCAUUGUUUUCUAACUGGGAGAUGAACAUCCUGUCACUGUGCAACCCUAUGCUGUCUCAGUUAAACUCUAUUUUAGAAAUUAAUGGAUAGUUGAUCCUAAAUGUUACUAGUCUAUAUUUUUUUGUAAUGAGGUUAUUGUUAUCUUUGUUGUAUGAUCUUUGAUAUGAUAGAUUUAACAUGUCAGAACUAUUUUGUGGAAGUAGCUUAUAUAUCCAAUAGUAUUCAGUCAAAGUCUAUACCUCAGAUAUGCUCAUUAGUUGCAGGGGAGUUCAACAGGUCUUUUCACAUCCCUAACAGACAUUGUGGAUAUAAAUUGUGUGAAGGCUCAUUUAGAAUGUGACAGAUGGAUUAGAUGUGAUUGAUUUUCCUAGAUUCCCAUAGAGUGGCUUACCAACAAAACAGAUAUAAAUGAAAAUACCUAUGUCAAGAAGGAAAUCAUGAAGACACAAUACAUCGCUUUGGGGAAUUACACUUUCUGAGAUUUGGUGUUUUAAGGCCAGUCAGACAGAUCAGUAGCAGAGAGGCCUAACACUCCCCUGAGGCACACGCCACCGCUCGGGUUCAUUCGACUUUUCAGAUUGCUCUUCACGAAGCCCGUGAUGGGUCAGUAAAGAGGUCAAAGACAGUGCUGUCGUGCUGUAGUGGUGGGAAGACCAAUUCUUUUAACUCACUUCCUUCUUGCCGGUUGACUGCAAUGAGUCAACAUCUCUGCAGAAAUGUAUGUGACAUUUUUUUCCAUAAACAGAGCACUA